AGAGCAAGGAGAGGAAUAGUGGCCUGGGUCUCUCUUUAAAACGCUCAGACCUCUCAGAGUGGAAAGAUCAUGAGUGCAGAGGCAGACGAGCGGAAGCCUGAUUCGUCUAAACAGUCGCCGCAAGAGAAGGCCCUUCGUGCUCCGCCUCACACAUUUCUGACCAUCGUGGCCAUAAUUCUUUUCCCUCCCUUGGGAUUGGCAGGUUUCUACUACAACCGCCAGACCAUAAAGGCCAACCAGAACAAAGACUGGGAUGAAGCUCACCGCAACUCGGCCCGAACUGGCUGGCUGGACGUAUUCGCCAUACUCAUUGGUUUAGGCCUCAUUUAUGUAUUUGCUCUAUUUCUCUGAAGUCUAUUUAUAGCAUGACAAGGGUUUACACCCCAAUAGAUCCACCCACCAAGACACUGACCAGCCACCAUACAAGAAACUCGGUGUCUGAUUCAUGCCCUCAUGAGAAACCCACCAACCAAGGAACGCGCAGCCAAGCAACUCAGCAGUCUAGGAACAACUAGACCGCCUGCCUGUACCACUUCCGCUCACCUGGCCCCCAGAGUUUUCAUCCACCUCAGCUUCACCCUUCAGGGCCCUACAUCCUCUUAGUUCCUUGACACUGGGCUGCUGCUCUCUCAGAAAAAAAAUUGAACCAAUAAAACUGAAAAGAA